GCGCUGCUGGAGCCUCAUUUGACUUUAGCUCUGCUCAGAGGAAGCUGCUCAAGUUCAUUAACGAGAGAAAAUAUUCAUCUGUUUCUCAUCACACACUGUGUAAGAAAGUGGGUAAGGAUGCGGAAGUGGAUACAAAUGAUACGGAGACUGUUCGGUAAGCUCCGCAAAACCCGUCCUCUUCCCAAGGAGAAGGUGGAAGAGGAUGCGGCAGGUUUCCAGCUGGAGGAAUGUGCAGAUGGGAGUCAGGAACAGAAGGAUUGGGGGGAGAAACAAGAGAACCUGCAGAGCACCUGCAGCCAGGAGAUCCUGUUAUCACUUAACAAGAUCUUCCAAAAGCAUGCAGAGUGCUCUGAGAAUCUCUUGAGAGAGAUGACCAAACUGACAGAUGUUAUUGCAGAGAGCACACAGAAAACAAGUGAUGCUGAGAUGGAAUCUACUGCUUCUCUAGCAGUCAGUCAGAACGUUACACCAGCUCAAAAGUCUAUGCUGCCUUUCUCUUUAUCAUCUUUCAUUAGCUCGGCCAGGACCCGGCUUUCUUCAUUAAAAAAGCUCCAGCAUUCCUGUGUGGAGUCCAGCAUGAAUUCCAAUCUGAACACUGGUGAUGUAAAGCCACCACAAACACCCAAGUUAGCAUGGGUGUCAAAUCAGUGCUUUAAGAACACUGAAGAGAUCAUGCUGACCGACAACACUGUUAUGAAUGAUGUUGAGCUGCAAACUGUGGAGGAAGAAGCAAUGAGUCCUAUGAUUGACAAUAUUCCAAAUGUGCCCCUUGAUGAAAAAACAGGGCUUUUGGAGAUGGAGUUUCAUGCCAAGACAGAAUGGUUCAAUAAAAUGGAGGAGAAGGUUAAACUAAAGCUUGAGAUGGACGAGGUAAAGCAGAAAAGACAAAAGGAAAUUGAAGACCUAAAAUUGGAAGUGAAAAUUCUGAAAACGGAGGCCAAACGUGAAAAGCAGGAGGGGGAAACAAAGCUAAAGGAUCUAGAAAAGGAAAUAAAGGAUGAAAAAUCAAAGGUUCUCCUUGAGCUGAAAGAGCUAAAGAAGAAAUCGAAGAUGGAGAAAAAGGAGGAGCGUAACAGGAAGAGGAUGGAAAAGCACAUGAAGGUUGACGAGGAAGAGCAUGAAGUCAAAGACAAACAGGCCUUAAAAAGCAAAUUUAGAGUAGCCUUUAAAUUUAGGGGUUAAAAAAGGAAGAAAGGCCCUUGAGAUCUAGAGGAAGCCAUUCAACCACACUGACAUGCUCAAAAAAUCCUCAAUAAAAGCAAUGUAUUAAAAAACUCACACAA